AUGAUAUUAAGUUUAACACUUUUAUUGUCACUGUUGUCAUUCUUCUAUACUGAAUACAACAAGAAGAAGAAAAAUUUUAGAUUUUCUAUUUCUUUGGAUACAAAUAUAUAUAGAAAAAAAAUAGAUAAAUUGAAAACUAAAGAUGAAAAAUUACUGUCUUUAUAUAGAGAUAAACCAUCUGUAACCCUAAAAAGUAAUCCCGUAUCAAGACAGCUGAAAGAUAUAUAUAUAGAAGAAGAUAUUCCAUAUUUACCAAAUGUUUAUGCUUAUAUUUCUAAUGAAGGAAAACGAAUAGAAUUAUAUAAUAUAGAAUAUUCCUUUAUUGAAAAAGAAACUCCAAAAUUAAUUGAUACCUAUGUUUUAAAUGAUUAUAUUAGUUUAAUUACAAAACUUCAUCGUGACUAUAAUAAAGACAAGAAGAAGAAAAAUUUUAGAUUUUCUAUUUCUUUGGAUACAAAUAUAUAUAGAAAAAAAAUAGAUAAAUUGAAAACUGAAGAUGAAAAAUUACUGUCUUUAUAUAGAGAUAAGCCAUCUGUAACCCUAAAAAAUAGUCCCGUAUCAAGACAGCUGAAAGAUAUAUAUACAGAAGAAGAUAUUCCAUAUUUACCAAAUGUUUAUGCUUAUAUUUCUAAUGAAGGAAAACGAAUAGAAUUAGAUAAUAUAGAAUAUUCCUUUAUUGAAAAAGAAACUCCAAAAUUAAUUGAUACCUAUGUUUUAAAUGAUUAUAUUAGUUUAAUUACAAAACUUCAUCGUGACUAUAAUAAAGCAAAACUAUACUAUAUACAAGCAUACUCCUAUAUGAAAAUGGGGCCUUAUUUUAAUGAAGCUAAUCCGCAUAAUUCCAAUUUUUUACGUGUUAUAAUUCCCCUGAUAAAUAAAGGGAUCAAAUCUAUCAAAGAGUGUAUGGUAUACUGUAAAGAAUCUGAAGAGGAUAUUAGAAAAAAAAAGAAUGAAUUAUAUGAACUCAUAGGAAAUUCUGAGGAAAUAAGCUCAUUUACACAAAAAAUUGAUAAUUCUGAGGAAAUAAGCUCAUUUACACAAAAAAUUGAUAAUUUUAAAUCAAAUAUAAAUGAAAUAAAAACAAAAUUAAUUAAUGAUAUGAAAUCUAUUGAAAAAACACAAGUAAAUAUCUACUGUGAACUAAUGGGGUUAUUAACUUCAAAAUAUUGUUAUAGAAGAAAAAAAAUAAAAGAACACAGUUCUUUGAGAUCUAAUUAUAUUCUUUUCCUUAAUAGUAAUUAUAAUUUAAUAAAUAAAGAAAUUAAUGAGUAUACUGACUUUUCAAAUGAAGCUGAAAACUUUAUGAAUUAUGAUAGUAAAUUACUAAUAAUUAAGGAUAAAAAUUUUUAUCAGAAAAAAGAUAAAGACUCUUUAAAGUUUUUAAUGGAAGAAAUUAAUGUUAUUAUUAAUAUUAAUAAAAAAAACAUAGAACAUAUACUUUAUAAUAUUAAUUCCCUUAAAGAUAAAAUUAGUAUAAAAGAACAUGACUUAAAAAUUGUAAAUCUUCUUGAAGUGGUCAGUUUUCCUUCAUUAGCUUAUAAUGAAGUUAUUUUUCUAGAAAAUUGGAAUAAAAAAUUGAAAUUGGAUUUUGAAAUAAAAAAAAAAGAAAUUCAUGAUUUAUUUGAUAAAAUAAAAAAGGAAUUAUGGGAUAAAAUAAAAUCUCUAGUUUAUCCUACAGAUGUAGCAUCAGAAAGUGAACAAAUUAAUUCAGAUUCACGAAAAAUAUUAGGUGAGGUAAAUUGCAUACUUUCUGAAAAUUGUGAAAUAAUAGAAGAUUUAUCAUAUAGUUAUAGUAGUCCAGAAAUUUUUACUAUUAAAAAUGAACUUUCUAAAUUAUAUGGUGAAGUAGCUAAACAGGGGAUCAGUUUGAAAAACAAGUGUGAUUUGAUCAAUCAAAAAUGUGAUUUCAUUAAAUCUGAAAAAAAACAGAUAGAAACAUUGAAAAGAAGUUUGCCUCUGGACAAAAGUAACAUAUUAAAUGACAUUACGGAAGGUGUUCUUGGUGCAAAAGAAAAUAUUGAAGGUAUCAUAGCAUCAGCAAAUGAUAAACUUCAAGAAUUAAAAAAAAUAAAUACAGAAUUAAAUGAUUUAAGAGGUAAAAUUGAGGAACCAAUUAAACAGAUUCAAACAAAAAAGGAAAAACUAAAGGAGUUAGAAAAGAAGGAAGAUGAAGAAAUAAAACAGGUUAUAGAAACUAUCAAACAGGAAUUAGAGAAUAUUGGAGAAAAAAUAAGUAAGUUAAAACUAUUUAUGGAUUUAAAAAGUAAAGAAAAUGAAGACUUAAAAAUUAUUGAAAAAGUAAUUGAUGAAUCAUCAUUUGAUAACAAAGAUAAAUACAGAGCAGAAAUGGAAGUAGAAAAAGCAAAAAUGGAAUCAGCUUUAAAAUCUUUAUUUGAUAAUAAAAGAAUAGAAAAAACAUAUAGUGAAAUUCCAAAUUAUAUAUCUGAACAAAAAAAAUUAAAUUAUAUGAUAUAUGACUUGAGUACAGUUAAUGGCAUAUUGAAAGAGUUGAAACAAAAAUCUACUGAAAUAGAUAAUAUUAUAAGAGAUGGUACAAGUAUUGUGGAAAAUGAGAUA